CAACCCAUAUUAACCACAGUAGUAACCUUAGGCCCCUUCUUUUCAAAAGUGUUCUUCCACCUCCUCCUUAAACUUUAUACACUCUCACUCUCUGUGUAUCACUGUGUGUCUGUGUGUAAGGGAGGGGCCUCUGCCUCUGCAACAGCAUAUGGCCAUUACCAGUCUGAAACUUUCCCCUUUUAUCAUUAUCAUACGCUCCUUUUAACCUUCACUAAAUCCACUACAUUUCCCUACUGAUACUCUUUACUUUCUUCUUUCAUGGCUGCUUUUUUACUUCUCUUUCUUGUUUUUCUUUCCACAUUAUGCUCCGCUCAACGAAACCCACAAACCAUUUUAGAAAUUCAAGCCCUCACUUCUUUCAAACUCAGUAUUCACGACCCACUCGGUGCACUUACUGACUGGGAUUCUUCUUCCCCUUCUGCUCCCUGUGAUUGGCGCGGCAUUUUUUGCGUGAAUGCUCGAGUCAGUGAACUCCGCCUCCCUCAUUUGCAACUCAGUGGGCCGCUCACUCCCCAAAUCGCUAACCUGCGCAUGCUGCGUAAGUUAAGCCUCCGUUCCAACUCCUUUAACGGAACUAUCCCUGCUUCGUUAUCCAAAUGUACCCUUUUGCAUUCUGUUUUCUUACAGAGCAAUGCGUUUUCGGGUAAACUCCCGCCGGAAAUGUUCAACCUCACCGAUUUACAAAUCCUUAAUGUCGCCGGAAAUCAACUCUCCGGCGAAAUCCCCGGUGAGCUUCCCCGGAGCUUACGGUACUUUGAUCUUUCGUCGAAUUUGUUCUCAGGUGACAUUCCGAGGGACUUGUCUGACGCGUCACAGUUACUUUUGAUCAACCUUUCAUACAAUCAAUUUUCCGGCGAAAUUCCGGCGAGUCUCGGCCGGCUUCAGCAGCUUCAGUAUCUUUGGCUUGCGUACAACAACUUGCAAGGAACUUUACCUUCCGCAAUUGCGAACUGUUCAUCGUUGGUUCACUUGAGUGCUGAGGGAAAUGCUAUUACAGGUGUUAUUCCUGCGGCUAUUGCUGCUUUACCGAAGCUUCAGGUGAUAAAUUUAUCACACAAUAAUCUUUCUGGUUCCUUGCCAGCUUCAUUGUUCUGUAAUGUUUCAAUUUAUGCUCCUUCCCUUAGGAUUGUUCAGUUGGGUUUUAAUGAGUUUACUAAUAUUGUUAAGAAAGUGGAGUCUAAUUGUUUUAGUUCCUUGCAAAUUUUGGAUCUUCAACAUAAUCAAAUGAAAGGUGAAUUUCCUUUGAUUUUGAUGAACAAUUCGGGGUUAACGUCCCUGGAUUUGUCGUGGAAUUUGUUCUCUGGUGAAGUCCCUAGUGCUAUUGGGAAUUUGGGGAGAUUGGAGGAACUAAGAAUGGGGAAUAAUUUAUUCAGGGGUGCACUUCCGUUUGAGAUUACGAAAUGCAGUUACUUGAAGGUUCUUGAUCUUGAAGGCAAUCAAAUGACGGGGGAAGUUCCUAUGUUUUUAGGUGAACUUAGAAGCUUGAAGAUUUUAUCACUGGGAGGGAAUCAGUUUUCGGGUUCCAUUCCUUCUAGUUUUGGAAAUUUGACUAUUCUUGAAAAUCUGAACUUAGGAAGAAAUGUUCUCAAUGGAAGCUUGCCUGAGGUGCUAAUGGAUUUAAGCAAUUUAAGCAUAUUGAAUCUCAGUGGAAACAACUUUUCUGGAAGUAUGCCAGUUGGUAUCGGGAAUCUUCAGCAGCUAUCGGUUCUGAAUCUGAGUAAAAAUGGCUUUUCAGGCAACAUUCCUACUAGCAUUGGGUCUUUGUAUAAGUUAGCAGUUGUUGAUUUGAGUGGACAGAAUUUGUCAGGGGAAAUACCGUUUGAUCUUGCUGGUUUGCCUAAUCUACAGGUUAUAGCUUUGCAAGAAAACAAGUUGUCUGGUAAUAUUCCUGAAGGUUUCAGUAGCUUAUUGGGUAUGCAAUAUUUGAAUCUUUCUUCAAAUUCCUUUUCUGGCCAUAUACCAUCUACAUUUGGGUUCUUGACCUCAUUAGUUGUGCUUUCUUUGUCUAACAACCACAUAAAUGGUUCAAUUCCUCCUGAAUUGGGCAACUGCUCUGCUCUGGAGAAUUUAAAUCUGCACUCAAAUUCAUUGAGUGGCCAAAUACCUGCUGAUCUCGGACGUCUCUCCCACUUAAGUGUGCUGGAUUUGGGUAGAAACAACUUGACAGGCGAAGUCCCAAUAGAUAUUUCCAAUUGUUCAUCCCUGACAUCGCUCUUGCUAGACUCUAACCAUCUUUCGGGGAACAUACCAGAGUCACUGUCCAGGUUAUCAAACUUAACUACCCUUGACCUCUCUGCUAACAACUUCACUGGAGAAAUCCCAGCUAAUCUUACCACGCUCUCGAGUUUGAUGAGUUUCAAUGUGUCACACAAUCACUUGGUAGGCCAAAUUCCAGUGAUGUUGGGCUCCCAUUUUAAUGAUUCAGCGAACUAUGCUGGCAACCAAGGUUUGUGCGGGGAGCCAUUGGAUAGAAGAUGUGAGACAUCUGGUAAUGGUGGGAAUAAGUUGAUUAUGUUUAUUGCAGUGGCUGCCAGUGGAGCUCUUCUCCUUUUAUCAUGCUGCUGCUUCUACACUUACAACCUCUUGAGGUGGCGCAGGAAGCUCAAAGAGAAGGCAGCUGGAGAAAAGAAGCAUAGUCCUGCAAGGGCUAGUUCAAGGACGAGUGGUGGUCGUGGCAGUGGCGAGAAUGGUGGACCCAAACUUGUUAUGUUCAAUAACAAAAUCACACUUGCUGAAACAAUUGAAGCAACUAGAGAAUUUGACGAGGAACAUGUCCUGAGCAGAACUCGUUAUGGAGUGGUCUACAAGGCCUGUUACAAUGAUGGAAUGGUGCUCUCAAUUUGUCGACUCCCAGAUGCAUCACUUGAUGAGAACAUGUUCAGAAAAGAGGCGGAGUCACUUGGCAGGGUGAAACACAGGAACCUAACAGUUCUUCGUGGGUAUUAUGCUGGCCCCCCGGACCUCAGACUACUUGUCUAUGAUUACAUGCCUAACGGGAACCUUGCAACAUUGCUCCAAGAAGCGUCCCACCAAGAUGGUCAUGUCCUCAACUGGCCAAUGCGCCACCUCAUUGCACUUGGCAUUGCUCGGGGCCUGGCUUUCCUUCACUCAUCCUCAAUGGUUCACGGAGAUGUGAAGCCGCAGAAUGUCCUAUUUGACGCAGACUUUGAAGCCCAUCUUUCAGACUUUGGCCUAGGCAAGCUUGUAGUAUCCACACCAGCUGAGCCCUCCACAUCAACUUCAGUUGGUACGCUAGGCUACAUAUCCCCAGAAGCAGCAUUAACUGGAGAAACCACAAGAGAAUCAGAUGCUUAUAGCUUUGGCAUUGUGUUGCUGGAAUUACUAACAGGAAAAAGGCCAUUAAUGUUCACACAAGAUGAGGACAUAGUGAAAUGGGUGAAGAGGCAAUUGCAGAGAGGGCAAAUUUCAGAACUACUAGAGCCAGGAUUGCUUGAGCUGGACCCUGAAUCAUCAGAAUGGGAAGAGUUCUUGUUAGGAAUUAAAGUAGGCUUGCUUUGCACUGCACCCGACCCCCUUGAUCGACCUGGCAUGGCCGACAUUGUGUUCAUGCUUGAAGGUUGCCGUGUUGGCCCUGAUAUCGCGUCUUCAGCCGAUCCCACUUGCCAACCUUCACCCGCCUGAAUUCCCUCAACCCGCAUGUUGUAACCCGUGAACCCGAGGAUAUGGAAGUUUGGUAAAUAUUGAGAUCAUGCUAGACGUGGAGAAGGCCAGCAACAUGAAAUGAUUCCCCAUAAUAAAGUAUAGUAGCAUGCUUGUGGUCACACGAGGUCAAGAUCUGAGUUAAAUCAUAUUUU